CGGUUUUUCUUUUUGUAAAACAUUUGUGUUUUGUCAUUAAAAAGGGAUAUAGACGUGAUUAUAUGUUAUGUUUUGUUAAACUAAUUUAAAAAAAAAUCAUAUCAAUUGUCUCCGAUAAAAAUGGUGCCCGAGACGGUCAAACUGCAUCUGAUCGACAUCCUGGAGAGGAACAGAGAAUGGGUUGUGUUAUUCUUCUGCCUACCAGCCAGUUGGAUCUUCUCUUUGCUGCUGCGAGUCAAGGCUAACUUUAGAAGACUAACCAGGGAUAAGAGAAGCCAUGAUUCUAUCGUCAAAGAGAUUCAGGCUAAAGUCCAAGAAUGGAACAAGCUGCCUGCUUCGGAGCGUCGUCUGCUCUGCACUUCGCGCCCCAACUGGCUGUCCUUAUCCACCACCUUCUUCCAGAAGCAUCUUCACCAUCAGGUGGCGCUGCCACUGUACGACAUCUUGGAUCUGGACGAGGAAGCCAUGACAGUGAGGGUGGAGCCCAUGGUGACGAUUGGAGACAUCACGGAGUAUCUGAUUCCGAAAGGGUAUUCCUUGGCGGUCACCAUUGAGCUGACAGACGCUACUUUAGGAGGACUAGCCUUCGGCACCGGCAUGUCCACUCACUCGCACAAAGCGGGCCUGUACCACGAAACGAUCGUGAGCUACGAAGUGGUCCUCUCCGACGGCUCCUUGGUAACGGCCACCCAAUACAACGAGCACUCGGACCUUUACAAAGCCCUGCCCUGGUCCCACGGCAGCUUAGCCUUCCUCGUCGCUUUGACCAUCAAAAUCGUCAAAAUAAAACCGUUCAUCCGAAUCAAAUACAUCCCAGUGACAGGACAGAAGAAAUACUGUGACAUGAUCAGGGAAUUCUCCGGAGCUAACGAAGCGAAACCCAAUGUGCAUCCCGACUAUGUGGAAGCUACGAUAUUCAGUAAGGACAGAGCCGUUGUUAUGAUCGGCGAUUAUUCAGACUACGACGAUAAAACCACUGUGAAUUACUGUUCAAGAUGGUACAAGCCAUGGUUUUAUAAACACGUUGAGAGUUUUCUGAACAAAGGCGAGUGUGAAGAACUGAUUCCUAUGAGGGAUUAUCUUUUGCGUCAUAACAGAGCGAUAUUUUGGGUCGUAGAGGACAUGCUGACUUUUGGCAACAAUCCCAUAUUCAGGUGGCUUUUUGGAUGGCUCCUGCCACCGAAACCAGCCUUCUUAAAGUUCACGACCACCCCUGGAGUCAGGGCGUAUACAUUCACAAAACAGGUGUUCCAAGACAUCGUCCUACCGUUGGUGAAACUUGAAGAUCAAAUCGAAAUAUCCACGCAAUUGUUCGAGAAAUUCCCCCUGCUGGUAUACCCGUGCAAAAUAAUUGAUCACGGUCCAUCGUCUGGUCAGUUGCCGCGUCCGAAUGCGCAAUACCUAGUUCCGGGCACUGACUACGCAAUGUAUAACGAUUUGGGCAUAUACGGCGUGCCUGGUAAAGUUAAAGAUAAGAAGUGGUACAACCCAGUGCAAGCUAUGAGGGAAAUGGAAAAGUUCACGAGGGACUGUGGUGGUUAUUCUUUCCUGUACGCUGAUAUUUUCAUGACGCGAGAUGAGUUUGAGGUUAUGUUCGACUUGGGGCUGUACGAGAGAGUGAGACGGACGUAUAAAGCGGAAGGAGCGUUCCCGCAUCUCUAUGAUAAGGUUAAACCAGAAUUAGAUGUGUUUGCUAUCGGUGAAGAAUGUGCAAUCAAAGAGUAAUGGUUUAGAGUAUAAAGUUUUUGCAAAUAAGUAUGAUU